AUGGCCCAGAUGAAAGGUCGGCUUAAAAAACCAAAAAUUACACAGAGUUUGAUGCCAUCUUUGAACAAUACCUGCAAUGUCACACUGACAUGCUCUGUGGAGAAAGAAGAAAAGAAUGUGACAUACAGUUGGAGUCCCUCUGGGGAGAACAGCAAUGUCCUUCAAAUCUUCCACUCCCCCAUGGACCAAUCACUGACUUACAUGUGUACAGCCAUGAACCCUGUCAGCAACAAUUCUGACUCUGUCACCAUCCAGCAGCCAUGUACAGACCCUCCAAGCUUCCAUCCUCACCAUGCUGUGUUGCCAUGGGGACUGGCCAUGCUCUUUCUGCUUAUUCUCAUUCUGGUGUUGACACUUCUGUUCCGUUUGUACAAGUGAAGGUGAGACAGGAUUGUUCUGGAAGCAGAUGAUAUCUCAAAGAAAACAGUAUAUGCUGAAGUUUUAAGAAAUGAUAGCCUCACAGAGUCCAGAAUCUAUGCUGAACUCACUCAGUCCAAGAUGCUGUCCUGUAAGGAAGAGCCCAUGACCAUUUUAUUCCUCAGUGCAGCUUUCGGCGAAAAGACAGGGAAAAACAAGAUGAAGGAUGAAAGACUGCCCAAGACUUUGAGUAAUGAAAUUUUUGUCUAG